AUGACAAACACAAUAAAAAUACUAGAGAAGAAACAGAAUCCACUUCUUGACAGAAUGGAGUUGUCCUUGUCCGUCUACCACCCAUGCAGUGGUACACCAAACAAAAAGGAAAUAUCAAAGAUGCUGAGCGAGCAGCUUAACACCUCCACUGAUAACAUUGUUGUAAAGGAUUGCUACACUAGAUUUGGUACACACAUUUCAUCCGCUGCAGCCAAGAUAUACAACAAGAAGUCUAGUUUAGAAAAGAUUGAGCACAAAUUCAUUCUUAACAGAAUCAUAAAGGACAAGGAAGGAAAGGAAAUAACAAAGCUCCCCAGAAAAUUAAGAAAGGAAGACAAGAACAAGAAGAAGAAGAUCAGAGGAACAAUUGCAGCCCUUCAGAAGAAAGUGGAGAAGAGACAGCAGAGGCAAUAG